AUGAAACCACCAAAGACGAUAACGACUACGGCGAAGGAGGAGGAGGAGGAGGAGGAUGAGCAAUCUCCGACACCCCCAGUUAUAUCUAUGCUCCAAUGGUGGCGUAGAUGGACGGUGUUGGUGGCGGCCAUCUGGAUUCAAGCCUUCACAGGCACUAACUUUGAUUUCUCCGCCUAUUCUUCCGACAUGAAAUCCUCCAUGGGCGUUUCUCAGUCCCGCCUCAAUUACAUGGCUGUCGCUUCCGAUUUGGGCAAGGCAUUGGGCUGGUCUUCCGGUUUCGCGGUUGCAUAUUUCCCUGUCUCCGCCGUCCUGUUCUCCGCUGCCGCGAUGGGGCUCGUCGGUUACGGUGUCCAGUGGUUAUCCAUCGCCUCCGACGUAAUCGAUCUUCCCUACUCUCUGGUUCUUGUCUGCUGCUCGUUAGCUGGGUUAAGCAUCUGCUGGUUCAACACUGUCUGCUUCGUCCUCUGCGUUCGACACUUUGAAUCCAACCAUUCCCUCGCGCUGUCUCUCGUUGUGAGUUUCAACGGAAUCAGUGCUGCCUUGUACACGCUUGGCCAUGAAGUCAUCAGUGGGAAAUCAUCAGGUAGCUCUGACGUUUACCUUCUCCUCAACUCUCUCAUCCCUUUAUUCGUCUCUCUUUUAGCCCUCUGGCCUGUCCUCACUAACCCUUCUGCAUCCGAUGCUACCCGAACCCUUGAUGAGACCCGAGUCUUCAUCAUCUUCAAUGUCUUAGCACUCAUCACAUGCUUUUACCUUCUCUUGCCUUCCUCAGACACCUACUUAGCUUCAUCACCUCGUUGGCAUUUCCUCGGAGCCAUUUUCCUUCUCCUUUUCCCAUUGUGCGUCCCCUUUCUCGACUAUCUUCUCCGUUCUCUCCACUCUUGUUUCCACUAUCACAGCUCUGGCUAUGCGGUUGUUAACAUAGAGGAGCCCAAGAUCCCAAGAAGCAGGGGAGUGGAUCAUGAGGAGAUUAAUGCAGAGGGUGACAAAGUGGGACGACGACUAGGAGAUGAACACUCUCUUGGAAUGCUGGUCCGUAGCCUGGAGUUUUGGCUAUACUACAUUUCUUAUUUCUGCGGUGGAACAAUUGGUCUUGUUUACAGCAACAACCUAGGACAGAUCGCUCAGUCUCUAGGACAGAGCAGCUCAAACGCAAAAUCCUUAGUGACACUCUUCUCUGCCUUCUCUUUUUUGGGAAGGUUGCUCUCCUCUGCACCUGACUUUACACGCAAGAAACUAGACUACUUGACAAGAACAGGCUGGUUCACCAUUUCUCUACUUCCUACACCUUUGGCCUUCUUCAUCCUCGCAUAUUCAUCCAAGACGGUGCUGCUACAGGUUGCGACCGCACUAAUAGGGUUAAGUUCAGGGUUCGUUUUUGCGGCAGCGGUUUCAGUAACUUCGGACCUAUUUGGACGCAACAGCGUUGGUGUAAACCAGAACAUACUCAUCACAAACAUUCCCAUCGGCUCACUCUUCUACGGAUACAUGGCUGGUUCUGUCUAUGACAAGCAUGCAACAACGCCAUCUGUCGUGUCGCACACGGUUGUUUGCGUGGGAAGAAGGUGUUAUUUCGCAACGUUUUUGUUUUGGGGUUGUUUGUCUGUUGUGGGUUUAGUAUGUAGCUUGAUUCUGUUUAUUAGAACCAGACCAGUUUACCACCGGUUAGCACAAAACCGAAACUAA